AUGUAUAUAAUAUACAGUUUCAACCUCCCGUCUUGGCACUUUUCAUCACUUGCAUCAGCCACAGUUCUUUCAUCGAUUGCGCUCAUAUCCAGUCAAUAUGAAGACAGCUUUUUUGAAUCUCCUCACGGCGCUCGCCCUUGUCGGCCACGGCAGCUGUACACCUGCAGCUAGCCUCGACAAAAGGUAUUUGCUUGAAGACGGUGGCAUCAAGUACAAGGUCUUCGAGCACGCUGCCACUGGCUCCAAGACCAAGAUUGUCUCCAACUCUGGAAUAUGCGAGACGACACCCGGUGUCAACCAGCACUCUGGCUAUUUCUCCGUCGGGUCCAACAUGAACAUGUUCUUUUGGUUCUUUGAGUCACGCAAGAAUGCCAAAACAGCUCCGCUAGCCCUGUGGCUCAACGGUGGCCCGGGCUGUAGUUCCAUGAUCGGCUUGUUUCAGGAAAAUGGGCCCUGUACCUUCAACAACGGAGGCUCCAAGCCUACUCUAAACCCCAACUCAUGGAACACCUUUGCCAAUAUGUUAUAUGUUGAUCAACCGAUCGGCACUGGUUUCAGCUACGGCACUGACGACGCUGUAUCGACUCUUGCUGCUGCUCCUAGAGUCUGGAAUCUCCUUCAAGCAUUCUACGCCCAGUUUCCCGAGUACGAGAACCGUGACUUUGGUCUUUUCACAGAAUCAUAUGGUGGCCACUAUGGCCCUGAGUUUGCCUUUUACUUUGAGCAGCAGAACGCCGCUAUUGAUGCUGGAAAGAUCAAGGGCGAGAAGAUCAACCUCGUCGCUCUUGGCAUCAACAAUGGCUGGAUUGAUCCUGGCAACCAGUAUAGAGAUUACAUCGACUACGCUGCUAACAACACCUACCGAAAGCUUAUCACACCGACUCAGUACAGCAAGUAUCUAAACACCUACCAGCAAAAGUGUGUCCCUGCAUUUGCCAAAUGCCCAGGUCUCACAGGCAAUGAUGCCGCUUGCGGUAACGCAGACGACGUCUGCAGCUCGGCGAUUGAAAGCCCCCUGGAGAAGCUAGCAGACUUUGAUGUCUACGAUAUCCGGGCCUCAAGUAACGAUCCUUUCCCUCCCGCGACUUACUCCACAUAUCUUCAGUCUGCAGAUGUGAUGAAGGCGAUUGGCGCGCAAUCUCAAUACGAAGAAUGUGGCGAUGAGUCUUAUAACAAGUUUAUCGCGAGUGGUGACAGGGGUCGAUCAUUCUUACCGACAUUAUCUCAGGUCAUUGAUUCGAAGAUUACAGUCCUCAUCUGGGCUGGCGAUGCUGAUUGGAUUUGCAACUGGAUGGGUAAUUACAGGGCACUCAACUCAAUUGCCCCGCAGUCGUUCGUCUCGGCUCCUCUCAACUCAUUCACUGUCGGUGGAAAGAAAUACGGAGAAUUCAAGACCUCUGGAAACUUGAGCUGGCUGCGGGUAUAUGGCGCUGGUCAUGAAGUUCCAGCAUACCAGCCCGAGGCAGCGCUGGCGGCAUUCAUUGCGACCAUGUCCAAGAAGCCUAUCUCAUCUUCUUGAUAGAUGAGUGUAUUGGUAUAGUUCUUUGGGACAGAUAGUACCAUUCAAAUUACUGGCAAUAGCAGAAGUUGUAGCGACCAGUGACUCGCCUCAAACUGUUUUCAUGCUACAGCGCUAAAGCCAUUGACAAGAUUUAUCACGCCUGUAUGAGACCCCAUUCAAUCCCUGCUUUCAGUGCGGCUCGUCUCAUCUCUAGUUGUUCUUCUCUGGUCGGCGCAACUGGCGCCACCCCUCGCUUCUCUCUAGACUCUCUAGUCUCACAUAAAACUG